UUACUGAGAGGAGUAGGCAGAUGACACAACACUAGCACAUCUAAAGCCAUUCUUUUUCCACCACCAACUCUCAUAUCUCCCCUUGUCCAUGAGAACCAUUCCAUCACAAGGUUUUGCUAAUAUUUUUCUCUCUUCUUGGCUUGUAUAGGUCACUACAAAAAGCUGGUACUAGUGCUACCAGGCAGGCUCAUUGCCUCGUCUCUCUCUCGACCUGCCUCUAUGUUCUCUUCUUUCGAGAGAAGCGAAGAAUAGCCGCAACCCGCAAGCCUGCAGCACAAAGGAAAAGCACAGCCAAGUUUUCAAAAGAACCCGCCACCCUCUCUCCUCUGGCUCUCUGCCGUCCCCUCAAUUUCUCUGUCUCUCUCAUAUUUAUUUCUUGUUUGCCUCUCCAUCCUCCAUAUUCUUGGUUGCCGUGCGAGCUCCAAGUACUCCUGUCUCCCUCCCUGCUCGAUUGCUUCUUCGUUUCUGGUUCAGUAGGUAGUGUUUUUUUCAAUGCAUGAAAGCAUCAGGAGGAACCGUCCUGGACGAGUUUGAUUGCCCUUGAAAGAGAGGUUGUUGCCGGUGAAGAAGAAGGAAGCGGAUAUAUGGCUCCCAAGGAAGAGGCAGGUGAAGGAGGGAGGCCGAAGGAUCUUCUUGGAUCUUCAGAUAAGGAAGGAUAUGGCACUACUUUGAAGUUUGAACAGUCAUUUUGAAGAGAGAUGAUUGAUGAUGUCGGUUUUGGGAUUCUGGUCUUAUUUGGAACUGUAAAAUAUAUUGAGGAGAGGACCAAGAUAAUACUAAAAGAGACUCCGAUGAAACGACAAAUGAGGAUUGCAACAACGGUGGAUCCGUAAUUGAGGCCACCUUAUCGAGUGAAGAUCUCAAUGAUAGGCAUGGCAGUGACAGCAACAGCCAAUGUGCUGAAUCUGAAGGUGCUAGCAAAGAAGUGCCAGAAAUGGGCUCCAAGAGCAGUUACGGCGACAACAGUGAGUGCACCGAUGAAUUGCCUGAAAUGGGCUCCAAGAGCACUAACGAUGAAAACAGUGGGUGCGCCGAUGAAGUGCCUGAAAUGGUCUCCAAGAGCAGUAACGAUGACAACAGUGACUGCGCCGAUCGGAGCUCUCCCCGUGCUGUGCUAGAUAUCUCAGUAUCCGGUAGCAUGGACUCCGAUGACAGCUCCUCAGUUGAGCAGUCAGCAGAGUCAAACCACAAUGUGCAUUGGAGGAAUCUGAUCAGAGGGCUAAUACUUAGGAGAAAGAAGUCCAUGGAUAGAGUAGUUACAUUCCCUCAGAGAUCCAAGAGCAGAGGGCUUAAAGGUUAUCUGGAGAGGAUCCGGAGCAGUAAGAACCAAAUGGACUGUAGUGCCAUUUCUCCAGAGAUCCUUCCUGAGAUCAGUAAGUGGAGACCAUCAUGGAGAAGCUUUGACUACGAUGAGCUUUGUGCUGCAACUGACAGAUUCAGUUCAGAAAAUUUGAUCGGGAAGGGAGGGCAUGCUGAGGUAUACAAAGGACAGCUUGCUGAUGGGCUCUUUGUGGCAGUGAAGAGGUUAACAAAAGGCGGUAACAACGAGGACAGAAUUAGUAAUUUCUUAUCUGAGCUUGGAAUAAUAGCCCAUGUUAACCACCCAAACGCAGCUCAGCUCUUGGGGUUCAGUGUGGAAGGGGGUUUGCACUUAGUUCUUCAGUUCUCACCUCAUGGAAGCCUGGCUUCUGUUCUGCAUGGUAUAUUCCUCUCCAAGACUAACACUUUUGUUAGCUUAUCAGGUACGAAGGAACCCCUGAAGUGGAAAGUCAGGUUCAACAUUGCACUUGGAAUCGCUGAAGGGUUGCUUUAUCUACACGAAGGCUGCCAUCGCCGUAUAAUUCACAGAGACAUCAAGGCUUCUAAUAUCCUUUUAACUGAAGACUACCAACCUCAGAUAUCAGAUUUUGGUCUUGCAAAGUGGCUUCCUGACAAACUGACCCAUCAUGUUGUAUUUCCCAUUGAAGGCACAUUCGGUUAUAUGGCCCCGGAAUACUUCAUGCAUGGAAUCAUAAAUGAGAAGACCGAUGUGUUCGCAUAUGGAGUUUUGCUUCUUGAGCUAGUUACAGGGCGGAAAGCGGUGGACUCCUCCAGACAGAGCCUAGUGAUAUGGGCAAAACCGCUGCUUGACUCGAACAAAGUAAAAGAGCUGGUGGAUCCUUCCCUUGGCAAUGAAUAUGAUCCAGAAGAGCUGGUGUACACCCUAGCAGUAGCAUCCAUGUGCAUUCACCACAGCUCAAGCUCGCGGCCUAGUAUGAAAUCGGUGGUCCGUUUCUUGAAGGGAGACAGGGAGUCACUUGAAUUGGUGAGAAGGCCUAAAAUCGUUAAGCCCCUUAUGUUUGACUCCUGUGAUUCAGAAGAUUACACACGCUCAAGUUACCUCAAUGAUCUGGACCGGCACAAGCAGCUUGCCUUGGAGCAGUGAGAUUUGAACUGAUUUUAGACAAAUAUCUAGCGACAUUGAGAUCCUCCCACUUUCCACAAAGGUUUAAAGAUUGUAUGGAUUGAUGUGAGGGAUCAGUCAUCAUUUGCUUCCUGGUUGCUGAUCUAUGGAUGUAAUUUUGCCCAAAGUUUUAAUGCAUGUUGCGGCCCUGUGAUCUGUAUCA